AUGUCUUACGUCCAGGUUUUUGAAAGCAUCGACAAAAACAAAGAUGGUAAAAUUUCAUGGGAUGAGUUCUCUCAAUGGAUCCGUGCUUUCUCUCCUUUAAUGACGUCUGAAGAAAUAGAUAAGAUGUUCAUAGAGCUUGAUGUUGAUGGUGACCGUCAAAUAGAUGUUAUAGAAUUUUCCAAGUGUUUUGUGGUUGCUGAAAAAGAAGAAGAAGAAACUCUUCUGAAAAACACUUUUGAUAUGUUUGAUAUUGAUCGUGAUGGGAAGAUUUCACCGGAUGAGCUUCAUGUUGUAUUGAAGCGUCUUGGAAAGAACACGUCAAUGGAAGAAUGUGCUCGCAUGGUUGAUGCCGUUGAUGCAGACAAAGAUGGUCAUGUUAGCUUUGAAGAAUUCAAGAUUAUGAUGAGUUCUCCGGACAACAACAACAAAACCUUACUAUGA